CUGACCCUCCCGCGAAGCGAGCGAUCAUGCCGGCUGGUGGCCGUUCAGCCAUUUGCAUGGCGCGCAUCACACCCGGCGCUCCCGCCCCGCGCACACACUCCCGAACUCGGGCAGUGCCGCGCGCGCAGGCAGCUCCAGCCGGGCGCAGCCGUGCAGAUCCCCGCUGUGUGCACACGGGGACUGAGCGGCAGCGGCACCUAACCCACCGGCGCUGCCACAGAGCCGCUCCCCGCCCUGCCGGCGGCUAGCUCCAGAGCAAAGGAACCGCAGCAGAGAGCGGGCUGCCGUAUAUAUUCCCCAGGCAUUUGCAAAUUCGAUCCCCGCCCCCCGCAGCCGUGGCCGGAGCAGGACACCGCAGGGAGGGCGAAGGGAUGCCUCCUGGCACGGCCUGGCACUCGGCUGGCCCGCGGCGUUGUCUGGCUCACUAAAGCGAGGAGAGGUGGAGGUGCGGUUGGGACUGACUCGCGCAGGGCCUCAGGAAGCGCCUUAUCCCGCCGCUCAGGGCUGAAACUGAUCAGAUCCGCUGCGGCAGCUGGGGCCGGAUCCAGGCAGGGCCCCCCCAAGGCACUGGACACGCGGAACCAACCCUCCCGAAGAGCUGAGGCGCUAACGUGACACUGUCCCCGCUGCCCAGAGGAACAAGAAAUGCAUUGGAUCCCGUAAGAAACAGUGAACUGAAGAAACCUUCUUGAAUCUCAAGGAGCCUAUAAUUUCCAAGGAAAUCUUGACUGGUUUAAAAACUGUUCAGAACUGCAGUUGGUUUCUGCCUUUAAAAUAGUUGCUUAAGAUGAAUAAAUUAUGGACCUAACUAUAUUUAAGACUCUAAUCUUAAAGGAUCACAUUUCCUCAACACAUCUAUUGAACAAACAAUACAAAAGGAUGCCACCCAGCACAACAGCGUCACGGGUUGGGGCAAUAAUUGCAGAAUGUAAUCACAUGUCAGCAUGUUUAGUUGACCCUGUUGCUGCAAUUUUCAGAGCAGAAAGUCCAAGGAAAAUGUUUAGCUCCUCUUUGAGCUGAAAUAAAACCGUGCAAUUAGUCAGACUGAUCUUCGGAGAUGCAUGUAGGCUGAUAUGAACAUCCAGGUAAAUUAAAACUGUUAAAACUGAAUGAUCUCUGACUUGUGAAAGAACACGUGUCACUUACUCUGAAGAAAAAAAUAGGAAAAAGGCUCAUAGAAAAUUAAAUUGCGCCAGGAAAAAAAAAUCAAACUCCCCCAAGGUACAGGAAGUGAGAUUCUUUAUUACUAUACAUUGAUCUGUCAAUGCCACUUAAGGAAAGUCUGAGCAAUCAAGGUGUAGCAAACACAGUAUUGUUACAGAUAUCUAUACAAUGUUGAAAUUAGUCAAGUUCAAAAGUUCAGCAGUGACUGGCUGCAGGGACAGCUGCCACCACACCCCUUUCUGCUGUCAGCAUGUGAGAGGAGUCCAGGCUUGGAAACAAGGCUGAAAUUGACCAUGUGCCAAGAAGGAGAGUUGAGCAAGAAAAACCCACAGUAACGUUCAACCUUAAACCACAAAGGAAAAAAAGGAAAAAGUGACGGGGGGAGAAGAGGAAGGCGAAGGGGUGGCUAACUGUGCUGCUGAGCUGAGAGAGAGAGUGUGUGUGUGUGGGGGUGGGACGGACAUUAGCCAGGUCCAGCCUCUGCUAGAGCCAUGGAAAACUCAGUCCUAUCCUGUGUCCUUUAUCCAGGUGAUGGGAAUAUCAGUGAGGCAAAGACCUGUCCCAAAAGGCUCUGUGGAGAAGCGGAGCAGCAGCUAGGGCCCCCGGCAAAAGCUCUGGGGGAAGCAGAGCGCAGCAACGGCAGCCAGCAGCAGCCUGGCUCCAUGGAAGGGAGCGCAUCAGCAGGGGAAGAGGAGAGUGGGGGUGGGGAAAGCGCCACGCUCCCUUUGCAAGCCCCCUGCGGUUUCAGCUCCUCCUUGUGCUUCAGCUCGCCUGGGGCGGGGGACAAAGCCCCGCAGCAGGAUCCCGGAGCAGCCUCCUCCUGCAGCAGGGUGGUGAAGAGCCAGUGGGAGAUUAACAACACGGCGUCCGAGGAGGAGGGGGAGGCGGGAGGAACUGACAUUGCCCCGCUGCCGCCUGGCACUUACUGUCCCCAGGCUGGAGCGCAGCCCAGCAGCCCGCAGCAGCCGGUCUCGGAGGAGCCGGACCUGGUGAUCGAAGUGUCCGGCCGGCGGAUCCGAGCCCACAAGUCGGUGCUGGCGGCCAAAAGCGACUAUUUCCGCGCACGCUCGUCCCGGGACAUCCUGCGGGUGAAGGGGGUUAGCUACGGGGCACUGCGCCUGCUCAUUGACUACGUCUACACGGCCCGCAUGGGCGAGGUGCGCCAUGACAACCUGGCUGAGGUGGUGAGUGGCGCCCGCGUGCUGCAGAUGCCUUGCGCCCUGCACUGCGCAGCUGAGGCCAUGCGGGCCCAGCUGCGCCUCGACAACUGCUACCAACUGCUGUGCCUGGCCAAGAAGCAGCGGCUGGCGGAGCUGCGGGAGGCCACCUACCGCUUCAUGAGCGACCACUACCUGCAGGUGCUGCGGGAGCCCGCCGUCUACGGGCGCCUGAGUGGCGCGGAGCGGGACCUUAUCCUGCAGCGCCGCCUGGAGGCCGGCAAGCGGUGCCUGUUGGUGGCCGAGGUCAGCGAUGCCUUCGAGAGGCUGAGCGCGGGCAGCAGGCCGCAGAGCCGGGAGAGCAGCCGGCCACAGAGCCCCUCCUCCGUGGUGUCGCUGGAGGAGAGCAGCUACCUGAUCUACUGCUACCAGGAGGCGGCCAAGGAGUGGAGGGUGCUGACCCGCCUGCCUGAGGAGGCCAACGCCAAGGGCUGUGCCAUGUGCGUCCUCUACAACUACCUCUUCUUGGCUGGGGGCAUCGCGGCGGCACCGGGCGAGCAGCGAGCCCGCCUCUCCGACAAGGUCUUCUGCUACAACCCACUCACCGACACGUGGAGCCAGGUGCGGCCGCUGGGCCAGCCCCGCUCACAGCUCAAGCUGCUGGCCUUGGAUGGCUACCUCUACGCUGUGGGGGGCGAAUGCCUCUUCACCGUGGAGAGGUAUGACCCCCGGGCCGACCGCUGGAGCCCGGUGGCACCACUGCCCAAGGGUGCCUUCGCCGUGGCGCAUGAAGCCACCACCUGCAACGGGGAGAUCUACGUGUCGGGCGGCUCCCUCUUCUACCGCCUGCUCAAGUACGACCCCCGGCGGGAUGAGUGGCAGGAGUGCCCCUACAACAGUAGCCGCCGCCGCUCCGCUGACAUGGUGGCCUUCAAGAGCUUCAUCUACCGCUUCGACCUGAGCGGGAGCCGCGGCGAGCAGGGCCAGGCCGGCGGGGUCGAGGUCUUCCGCUACAACACCGUGGCCAAGCGCUGGAGCCAGUGCGCCUCCCUGAGGCCCAGCAGCGGCCCCCUGCAGCCCUUCCGCUGCGCCGCCCUGGGCAGCACCAUCUACUGUGUCAACCGGGCCGGCACCCUACGCUUUAACCUGGCCCAGAACGGUGAGGUGGAGGCUGAUGGGGGGCUGCCAGGCAGCUUCGAUGCGGAGCUGCUCAAGGCCCCCUUCGAGGCCAAAGGUGUCCUCCUGCCCUUCGUGCUCACCCUGCCGGAGAAGCCAGACAAAGCUGGGGAGCCAGAGAGCCCCCUGGUGCUCUGAGUGGGCCUGGCGUGAGGGCAGCCAGAUCAACUGCGGGAAGGGGCUGCGAUUGGUUUCUGCAUUGCGCCACCAUCAGCUGGUCUGGGGCCCUUCCACCACUGCAUGGCAAACAUCUAGCCAGGGGCCUACUCCAGCUGGCAGGAUUAGAGGGAGCUGGGCCUGCCCCUAGCUCAGCGGCCUGCCCGACAGCCACAGCCCCUGACUAGGGGCAUCUUCAGAAGGUAUGCAUGAAUUAGAGGGCUGGGGUGAUCUAGGGCUGCUGCUGGUUAUAACCACUCUAAUCUUUACUUUGCUUCAUGCGGGAAGAAUUCACUCCUUGGCGCUGGUGAGCAGUCAAGCAAAUUAAAGAAAAGCUGCUAAAAUAGGAUAAUCUUUGGGAUAAUGUGGGCCAGUUCCCAAUCUGGAGAAGACCUUUCCUCCUGGAGUUAUAUAAAUCCCUGAAAACAGAAGCUUAUAAUGGAAUAUUUAAUAUUAGUGUUGCUCUUGUAUAUAUACACAAGAGGGUCUGCUUCUUCUGCCAUUCAUUUUCUUUUCUCUUUUGGAUAUCAGUUGUGAAUACUGCUGGCUACAUAAAGGAAUUCAGUUUACUUUAAACUCAACAGUGCAUAUGUUAGAAAAGUGUAAGGAGAUCAUCUGAAUUGCAUCCUUUCAUUUUUGGUUCAAUAGAUUCUUUAAGGAAGACAUGGCACUGUAGCCCCAAGGAUCUGCAACCACAACGAAUGAUUUAACAGAGACCAGAUUUAAAGUUUUUAAGCAACACAAAUGCCUGCCACAUGUUCAUAUUUGGAAUACAGGGGAAAAGUCAAUUUACCAUAGCACAGCAGAAUUGUGGCUGAAAGAAGUGACAAUUUCUGUAAAAGACAAUGCUUUACUUUUUUAUCAGAAGUUUUAAAUUCUAGUAAACAGGAAGCAAAGCUGUUCAGUUCAUGGCAGAUUGACAUGACUGUGGAUGCCACUGAGUUUUGGGGGAAACAUUUUGUAUUUCACUGCUCUUUAAUUAACUGCAAAUCAAUGAAAAUGAACCUAAACCAAAUGUGAAUUCUUUAAAACUGAUUGCAUUCAGUUUAUAUAUUACAUUUUAUGUCCAGUAGCCUGUGGUAAGAGACUAUUCCAGCAUAGAACAAGGCUAUCACAGGAGAACAAGAAAAACAAGAGUUUGCUACACAGGCUGAUUAUAUGUAUGUACUAGCAUAAUGUUGAGAUUUCCCUAUCUUUUAAUUGAGAGACUGAUUUAUUUAUUUGAGGUAAAUGAGUGUUGUAAUUAAUAAUUCACUUGUCAAUUAUAGUUCAUACUGAUACCAUAUACUUUUGUUUGGAUUCUGAAUCUUUUGAGAAUAAUUGUUUAUGGAGCAGCAUUUAGGGGGGAGAAAAAUGAUAUAAUGGGAAGUUGAAGCAUACUUUUUAUCAUGUUAUUCAGAAAAAAAAUUGUAGACCUUCUGGACAGGCAUGCUGUAUUAAAAAGCGCACUUGCAUUUAUUUUAUACAUUUUAUAUGUAGACAUCCAAUAGAAGGAUACAGCAAAUCUGUUUAGCUUUACAGUAAUUAAUGAGAAACCAUUUUCUUAAAAUAGACCCAGUGUUUUUGCUGUUGUUAAUUCAGCCUGGAAUUGUCACUUGAUUAUGGAAAAGAAUUGUUUAUGAGUAUUCAGUAUUCUAGAAAGACAUAGCAACUUCACAUCAAAGAACUGCAGUAGAAGAAUCCUUAUGUUUUAUUAAAAUAUCUUAUUUUAGCAGGGUACUAACAGUAGAAUUCUUAUAUCUCAUUGCUAGUUCUAAAGAAAGGCAGCAGAUUCUACCAUGAGACAUCAUUUUGACAGAUAGAAGACACAGAGUUUAUCUUUAUGGUUUAUUUGAUGUUUUAUACAGUUGAUCUGAUUAGAAUACUAUUUAGAAACCAGUGGUGCAAUCAUGAAGCCUUUAGUCAAAUUAUCUCCCCAAUGAAGUCACUGUAAGUGUUGCCUGAACAAGGACUUUAUGACUGGACUAUAUACAUGUUAGCCUAGUCAGCAUGCUAGUUGGUUGAAUGGGAUUUAACACUGCAGUCAGAAUUUAUGUUGUGCAUACAAGUGAAAGUUAGAUAUUGAUCUUUUACUUGCCGAUACACUUAACAGAUUAGUUAAUUCCUCAGCUGGACAAAUACAAUUUUGCAUUUUUCUCCUAAUUAUAUUAUUGCCUUCUAAGUAUAAGAAGAGUUGUGAGGCUAAAGAAAAAAUGAUUUGUGUGCAUUAGAAUUAUUUUUCAUAUAAUUGUAGCACAGGUAACGCUUACAGUUCAGAAACUGCAAACACUUCUGCACAUGCUUAAAGCUAAGCAGUGUGCAAGUAUUGCUGGAUCAGAGCCUAAACCAAUAUAAGGACCAGAUGCACAUAUUGAAAUGUCAGUUUUAUCUCAUAGUACAAUUAUACAAUUGUUUAUGUAUUUGAAUACCUUAUCUAGUACAGUAUUUAUACUACAUUUCUAGUGAGGAAGCUAAUCAGGUUUGUAAUUUUUUUUCCCUUUGAAUUUUAAUUUGGUGGUAUUUUAUGAAAAUGCUGCCUGAUUAGUUUUGGGAAAUCACUGUGACCUUAAAUUUAUAAAGAUAUUCCACAAACAUCUAGCAAAGAUUUGAAAUGUACCUUUAUGAUAAUUAAGAUAUUUGUUGCUGUCUAUAACUAGAAAACAUAUUUGCAAAUACACUUUACAACAAAGCCAACCAAAAAUAAAUAAACAAGAUUAAAUCAAAAGUGCUACAAACACCAUGAAGACAUUUUCACUAUUUCAUUCAGACUAGGAAUGAUAGUAUUGGGCCAAAAUGUGCUCUCACUAUUUACCCUGUGAAAAACAAUCUGGUUUUAAUUAGUAGUCAGUCAAAUAGAAUUUUCUUUAUACCCUAGUUGCAUAAUCACAGCCAGAUGAUUGAUUUUUCUGGUAACGUAAAGACAUUUCUAGCUGGUUUCCUAUUUUCUACCCCAUGUUUUCUAAGUAGGUCUCCUGUGACUUUUUCCCCAUUAUAUCUUCAGUACUAAAUUAAGUUAUGAAUGUACCAAGUGAAAUGAAGAUGCAAGCCUUACUAGCAAAGUUAGCAACAGACGGAGAGCCAAGCAAUGACAUGAGAAAGAACCUUAAUUCCUGCAACACUGUUUAUAAAACUCCUGUUUAAACCUUGAAACCAAUUCAAAGGAAUAAUUGUCAAAAGAAUAUCCCUAUUUGCUCAACACAAGAAUUGCUAAACAAUAUGGGAAUGAUGGUAAUCAUAGCUGUUUAAUGAAUAAAACUGUUGUGCAGUAGCUAAUGUGAAUUCCAUGCACAAUGAAAUCCCUUGUAAAUAGCUGAUAGAAUUUCAACUGCUAAAAGAAUAAAUUAUUCACACAAAAGCUGUACCUCUCCUAUGCUGUUUGGUUAGGUAUCAAAAUGAUUGCUCUCAGUACCUUUGGUUAUCUAUUGUUCAUGAGUAGCUUAUUGCUUUUCAUGCUUUAACAGCAUUGAUUCCAGUGACUGCUCUGCAGAUUCUUUCCAUUUUGCAAGCACAGAGCUUAAACUCGGCAUUGGGUUGAUUUGCUUUGUGUCUCUAUAGUGACACCUAGCAUUUGUUACUUGAACAAACACCAGAAGUUCUAUAGUGAGUUACUUUUUUCUUAGUUUGAGUUUUUCUCAAUGACGUUGAUUUUGGUACAGUUAUAAAAGCAUAAGAAAAGAGGAGAAACUCUUACUUAUAUCAUAGCCUAAUGGUACCAUUAAAGUAACUGUAGUGAGUCAUUUAAUGAAUCUGUCUGUAAGGGAUAAUAUCCUGCCUUUGUUCUGUGCACUGAACUCGCAGUGGAUUGAAAGGCCUUUUAUGUGUGGUGUGAUAGCAGAAUGUAGACCUAAGUAAUUUCUAAGAAAAGUUCCUUUUAAUCUAAGGCUGGGCAGAUCCUGCUGGAGGGUGGUGAAGCACUGGAAUGGGUUACCUAGGGAGGUGGUGGAAUCUCCAUCCUUAGAGGUUUUUAAGGUCAGGCUUGACAAAGCCCUGGCUGGGAUGAUUUAGUUUGGGAUUGGUCCUGCUUUGAGCAGGGGGUUGGACUAGAUGACCUCCUGAGGUCCCUUCCAACUCUGAUAUUCUAUGAUUCUGUGAAUACCCAAAGGUAGGAGACUAGGGUAGUAUGUACACCUAGAGGGCCAGAUUCUGCUCUCAGUUAAAUCAGUGUAAAUAUGGAAUAAUUCCACUAAUUUACACCAGUACAACUGAUAACAGCAUUUGGCCCACAAACUCUUUGAGUCAAAUUCUGCUCUCAGAAAUGUCCAAUCCCACUGAUGUCACACCAUUCAUUUUGGCCUAAGAAAAGUAUUGUAGUAGGAGCCGCUGGAGUAAAUUUACCAGAAUUAGGAAUCAGUAUUCUAUUUUGUAUUUUAGAGGCUCGCUCAGUUUCACAAGUUACCAGCAUUUAUCCAGCAGAUAGGAGAAAAUGUGAAUUUGUCUCCUGCUCUAUUUAUUUAUUUUUAACUACCAUAUAUUUAGCCAAAGCAAACAAAAUAAUGGUUGAGGGAGGAUAAUGGGGGAGCCAAAAGUAGUAUUUUAGCCAGUGUGGAAUACAUGGCCAGUUGUCUUAAAAUAUUUUAGUAAACACAUUUCCCUAUUUAUAUUUUUUCCAUAAUUGGAGCACAUUUCAAACAAAUACAGUAUUUUUCAGUGAGCUAGUUUAUUGCAGCAACCUCAUGCUUUGCUCUUAAACGUUAAUGUUAGUGGUGAAGAAACCCUAGACAAAUUUGUGAAACUAUAAAAUGACCACAUUGAUACUGUCAUUUAUCACAGACUAACUAAUGCAAAUGCUUCAGACACUGUGCACAAUUCAGGUGAAUUACAUUUGUAACUGAUGUAUUUAUUAACAGUUCAGUUUUAAAUAUCUAGGCAAAAAUCACUGUAAAGCUUUUUAUGUACUCUAAUUUAUGCUGUAAUGGAAUAAAUACAUGCAAAAGCUCCCCUUAGGGCUUUGCGGGUA